CAUGCUCUGAGGUGCGGGGAGUGUCUUGGGUUCCCAGCACUCCCAGUUUGUGAAGCAAAACAGUAAUUGAGAGCUCUGUGGGUUUCCUGAAGUGGCAGAGGUAGCUGUCAGCAGUGUGCUGCUGUCAUGCCUCUCCAGAGCUCAGUGCAAGUACCUGAGGGGGAAUAAAGGCAGCCAAGACUCCGUAAUUAAGCUUAUUGAAGAAUGCAUUGUUGGAGUCUCAAGGGGCUGGCUCACUGCCUACACAAUGUGCUGGAAUUGCAACAUGGAGAUCUAUUCAUCUCCUUGGAAUAAAUGAAGAAAGUGACUAUGAAAGCACAGCAUCUACCUUCUGUUUCCAUCAAUGAGGAGAAGUUCAUAACCAGAGAGCAACUCAGUUCACUUCUGAAGACUUAUAACUCUUACUAUUCUGACCAAGAAAACCUGCAACUGUCACGUACUCAGCGAGAAGGAAGCAAACCAUUUAUUGAAGGAAUCUUGUCAAUAUUUUGGGGCAUCCGACAUCCCAUCCGAUUAAAAAUUCAGGAUGAGAAGCAGAUACCCUCAUUUGUAACCCUAAAGUCUUUGGAGAAUGUGGGUUUGUUCCCUAGUAAAAGGGGAAUGACACGCUGGGGAGAAUUUGAUGACCUCCAUCACAUUAGUGGGGAGACGCUGAAAUCUGCUGAAGAAAAGGCAAACCUUGAGGAAAGUUAUUCCUGUUAUGAAAGCCGCACACUGACACCCAGGAGCCAGCAGGACCAGGACUGUGCCACCCUGUCCCGGGCUGGCAGCACCGUGGUGGCUCUGCGGAGCAGGACCUGGCUACCUGCGAUUGCCAGGGCAGAAGCAGAAACUCACAGGUUUUCAAUUAAUGGCCACUUCUAUAAUCAUGAGACGUCAGUUUUUACUCCAGCUUUUGGAUCAGAAACCAAAAUAAGAAUCAACAGCCAGAUGAGAACAAGACAAGUAAUAGAACAACUGCUUCAGAAGUUUAAGAUAGAAAACAGCCCCCAUGAAUUUGCACUUUAUAUUAUCCACGCGUCUGGAGAAAAGAAGCAACUGAGGAGUGGGGAUGUCCCCUUACUGCACAGACUGCUGCAGGGUCCCUCAGAGAAGAUUGCCAAGUUCUUCCUCAUGGACAGAGAUGUAGAAGAGAUCAGCAGUGAUGUUGCUCAAUAUAUUCAGUUUCAUCUUCCCUUUUUGGAAUCGAUUCUGCAUAGAAUAAAUGAAGAAGAACAACAGGAGAUUCAACAGACAAUUUCAAGGUACCUGAGAGAGAAGAGAUUGAUAUGUCAGCACCUUCACAGUCGAAAUGCUCAAAGAACAGAGACCACAGUUUGAGUUGAAGGGCCUGUUGUGAACACCCCACACUCCUGCCUAAGGAAGGUCAGCACACUGGAGUGAGCAGGAUGGGACCUCAGAGCCCUGACAGUACAGGGGGGUUCUAUGUGCUGAAGCUUCUCUUCAUAAUUAUGCACCUGAAACUGAGCCUGCUCCCCUACAACUCUGGACACGAGUUGGGAACUACCCCAGAAGAUGCAGUAGAUCCCCCAAAAGACUUAAUAUAGCUUAAGAUAGGGGGAAAAUUGCUAUGAAAAGCAUAAGGCUUUAAAACCUACUAAUUUAUAGACCAUUAUGAAAAAUCUGGCAUCUGACAAAACCGCUUCAAUAGCCAGUGUGUUAAUUGUACAGGAAAUAGGAGAAUUAUAUAUAUGGGUUUCCUUCUAUUAGAGAAAUGUUGAAUUACGUUAGAAGUAGAGGUAAAUGGCAAAUGAUAUUUAUGUAUCUAAGGUUGCAGUUAAGCUUCUCACUUAAAUUAAAACCCCCCAAAAUAUCUCUGCAAGAGACUGAAAUCCCUCCGGCUUCAGAACAGCAGAUGUUCAACUUGGUUAAGCUUUGAGCUGUGAUUAGAAAAAUACAAAUGGGAACCUUCCCACCUAAUAGCUUCUCAGUUCCUCAACAAAACGAUGAACUUAUGUCUGCAAUAUCCCUUGAACUGCCAAGUAAGAGCUCAAACUAAACACUUGAAUUUGCUUAUGGGGUCCUGGGAGGCACCUCAGAUUUUUUUGUUGCUGAAACAAAAGAUUCCAAGUUAAUUCCUUAGAUUUUUUUUAAUCUAAAGAUGUAAAUAAGUGGUCUGUGAGGGGUAGACUUCAUGGCCUCAGUGCAGUGUCUGUGCAGUCUACCCUUGUGCAGAGUGCUGGGUCUUCUCCAAAUGGGUCCUGCUUAAUACUAAAGCUCAAACUGUAGUAAUGUAAAUAAAAUCUGACUUGUGCCUGA